UUCGCUUCGCUCCACUGUACUUAUCACCACGAGGCGGGCAAAGGAAUGCGGCCCCGAAUACUCUGUCCGCCCUUGGCUGCCCGACAGAGCAUGUGUUUAUGCAGCUUUUCAUCACAAUGCUGGGUUUUAAACAAGCGCCCAUUCGUACCGGUCAUCGUCCGAAGCCGACUGCUCAAAACUCUCGAUUGGUUCAAGGUUGGAUGAUAGAAGCUGGGACAUGCCGCCCGUCAUGGUCAUGUUCUCUCAUCGGCAGAUAUAUCAGGAACGAGGCGGGAUUCGACUAGCCUGUAUACGACUCUUGGGCCAUUCGAGAUCGGCCUGGCACUGAGCACCCUGCUCCUCGGAAUCGAGACCCUGCAGACCUUCUACUACUACCGGCGAUAUAAGCGCGAUUCGGCGCAGAUGAAGAUAUUUGUUGGCUUUGUGUGGAUCUGCGGACUGCUUCAGAGCAUCUUUGCGUGGAAUGCCAUGUUCACGAUGACGAUCACAUUCUUUGGAAAUCCAGAGCACGUAGCCGAGCCACCGGUGUCGAUGCUGUACAACAUAAUCGACUCGACGGCGCUCACCCUCUUCGUCCAAGCCUUCUUCUGUCUACGCAUCUACCGACUCUCCCACUCCAAACCACUCGCCAUAUUCUGUUUCGCGCUCAUCUUGAUCCCCACGGGCCUCUACUUCUGGCUCUUCUCGAUGUACUACACGCGCGGCGGCUUCGCCCGCUCGCUCGGCAGCGCGCAGGGACACAAAGUGAUGAUCGCAGCGGCGGCGCUGACGCCCGUGUCGGCGUGCGCGGUCGCGGGGACGCUUUGCUGGUGCUUGUGGCGGAUGAAGGACCCGGACCAGUUCCGGCGCACUCGCUCGGUCGUGGAUCGGAUUAUGCUGUGGACUGUCGGUGCGUGGCCGGACGUCGCCUGGGGACAUUGCUCAUCCGCAGCAAAGAAACCACAUUGGUGACAAGCCUCGCCAGCGUAUUGGAACUCAUCAUGGUUUGAUUGGAUCGCUGAGUCAUGCACAUACAUAAGCUUAACUAUCUUCUACAGAUCGUGGCUCAGCCCCAUAAUAGUCCGUCGAGUCUUCCACUGCUUCGCCUUGGAAACGUUUUCACAAUCUUCAAUCAGUGCUUUGGCUGAUAUUCUUUUUCCUACAUGGAAAACUGCUGACCAACACCCUUGUUGCUUCCCUCAAUAGCCGUGAGCGAUUUGGACGCGAGUUUAACGAGCAUGCAUCAGAGCUUCGGACGUCACCCGGACAAACGGCUGUGUCAAACCGACUUGUGCACCUCGCUUCCGAUGUGGUCAGUCUCAGGCUACUCUCUCUCUCUUUUUCUGCCCCGUGGACGAACGAAACUGAUAAUUUUCUGGUGUGGCGGUUUCAGACGAAGACCAUGUCAGAAGAAUUUGUGUGAUUUAUCAGCUACAAAGUCGUUCAGUUGUCCUGUCCUGCCUGCAACGCAAUGUUCCCUCCAUCGCCGUCCUGAUCGUACAAUCGUCGACUAUGUGAACGUUUCGUUGUCGCUCCCUUGAUUCCUAUCGAAUCUGCCGAGUAGCUGCUUCAUUCAUCACAGUCGAAUCCGGUGGUAACAUUAAUUAUCCGGUCGCGUGAUGGAUCGUCUAAUUGAGCAUUCCCACGGUGGAAUCUUGUGUGCAUGCCUGACCUCACCUCCGGGCGCAUACUUGGAGAUUUGCAAACGCCGAUUUGCAGGUUGACGGUGUCGGUGUCUGUUUCUCUCUUUCAAAGCGCCUACAUCUUCCCGGACUGCAAAGUUAUUUCUAAG